UCGAGGAAACUGAUAUUCACCCUUUUUUACCUGAUGUUACUCACGACCUCUGGGGCGGCGUUCCCGAGCCAGAAGAUGUUGGAUAGUCCAAAAAGUAUUGUCAUCCAACACAAGGACUCAAUUACAGUAAGAACUACUGGCUGUAAGCCGUUGACACACGACGAUCUUAAAACUUUAAUGGGUAUCGCGUGGGAUGACACGAAGAUGAGAAACGAUGACGUCAUCAAUGACGAUGAUGACGUCAUUGGUGGUGGUACAAAAAAGCGAGGAAGUUCAGGAAACUCUGUGAUAGACAAAAAUGAACAAUUUCUACAAAACUAUUUUAAGGACGAGUCUGAUAUUGAUGACAUCGGAGUUAAGAGUGACAAAGAUACCAGCCUUAGUGUUCAAAAUAGAAAGUUUAUGAGGCGGCGAAAACGGGAUGAAGAGGACAGUGAAAAUACAAACACUCCAACUGAUAUGAGAUUUCUAUACCAAAAUAUGGUUUUCGACACAAUUUCUAGACGGAAAUCUCGACAAAAGCGAAGUCGAUCUAGUGAUAAACAAUUCCACCCUGCUUGGGAGUGUGAAAUCAAACAAUAUUGGAAGCCAAUGUCAGAUGAAUACUUUCCUAAAUACAUUUGGGAAGGGGAGUGUACGCAGAAAUCGUGUUUCUUUGGGCUUUAUCGUUGCAAGCCCGUAAAGUACACGAUCAAACUUCUUAAAAGGGACCCCGAAAACGCUUGUCGGCCCGUUCCAUUAAUUGGCGAAACGACGACGUAUGAGGAGGCGUGGGUGAUACAGGACCACGAGGCCCCGGUGGCGUGUGAGUGCGGCCUGAAAAGUGGCCGAUCUUAUAGCAAAAGGAAUAAAAAUAAAAAUAAAAAGGGCAAAAAACAGAAACCUGUGCAAGUACCUGAAUGCACGAAAGAAGCCCGCUCUUACACGUGCUAUCACAAGUAG